AUGGAUUCAUUAAGCAACGCGAGUAACACUUCUAAGAAGAGGCCUUGCAAAAGUAUCCGCCGGGCAUACUGGGAAUGCAAGAAGCCAAAGGUUCAAGUGGACGCGAGCCAAACGGCCAUCAGCCCUGGCGUAGGUAUGGACAAUAACGGACCGGAUCGGGUAGACGAAGUAAACCAAUGUUCGAAACACAUCCAGGAAAGGCUAUGCAAACUUGAACAACUAUUUGAGAGAUUUGUUUGUCGUAAAAAUGCCACCACAGCCCCGGCCAUUACUGUGCCACACAGCCCUACCCUCACUGCCUCGGGCUCUAGCGAAAAGGAAAGUAAACCGGAUAUGUCCGGAAAUCCAAGUGACGCGUACAGCAUGUCUUCACUGGGCGAUGGGAUCCUCGGAGCGCACACAUGGACAUCAGCACCUUCUAUCCGUACGUUGGUCGACAAAUCAGAUACCAAAGGGCAGUCCGCAGGCUAUGACAGCAACCAUCGAACACUGGCAGCCCUAUUACCCUCACAACAUGAUGCAGAUAUCAUUUUCGAAUCGUCUAAUGGGUGGAUGAUCCUAGAAGGCAUCUACCGUGCUUCCCAGGAAAUUUAUGUUCACAAGGACUUACAGUCGUACGCUCUAGACAUGCACGCCGUUGGACAAGAGCGAACCAUCAUCGUGGCGCGCACGCUCUUGCAUCUGGCGAUCUGCAUCAACUCACUCCCACCAGAGUUCGACUGUUCGCGACUAUCGAGCAUGUGGAAUUUGGACGCAACGAUGCAAAACUACGUUUCGACGGUAACAUCACUUGUAACUUGCUCAGAUGAACAGAUGAUGACACUGCAUGGACUUGAGACAUUAUUGCUUCUAGCUCUGUACCAUAUGAAUAGUGCUUCAUUACGGCAGUCGUGGCUCGUCGUGCGACGCGGUCUGAACCUGGCCCACCUCAUGGGAUUCCAACGCAUCAUUGCGCAGGACGACCUCAACCCACCGAUCCCGGCGAUCACGGAUGCGAAAUCGAUCUGGCGCUCCUUCGUCGACCUUGAUCGGUAUCUGGGACUGCACCUUCGCCUCCCGUUCGGCGCGGAUGACUAUCCACUUCCGCCAGACGCCGAUGCACAUCUGCUCCAUCGCUCAAAACUCAAUUACAUGACAAGACAAGUUGCGGAGCUCGAUCGCGAUGUCUCACCACAAGCAUAUUCAGCGGCGCUGGCACUUGACGAGCAGCUGGAGUCAUUUGUGAAGGAGAUGCCCAAGGAUUUCUGGGAGGUGCCAAACAUACCGUCGACGGCGAGGUCGCCAGAGUCUUUCGCUGCCCUGGAGCGGCUGAUGGUGCAGGUCUGGCACUUUGAAAUGAAGCUGUUUAUCCAUCUGCCUUAUUUGCUCAGAGCACAUUUGGACAAUCGAUACGACUACUCAAAGGUCACGGCGUUACAGGCCUGCCGCAACGUCUUGAUGAGAUGGUUCGCUCUUCGCAAUUCAAACAUCACACAAGCCUGCUGUCGUUUCGCCGAGGUUGGAGUCUUCAUUGCUGCCGUCACUCUCACACUCGACAUCGUCAUCGAGCUGGGCACAAAGGAAAAGAGCGAGGUGAAGAAGACCAAAGGGACAGACUUCGCUAUGAUCUGUCGUCUUAUCGGCGAAAUGGAAAAGUUAGGCAACGCAAGUCCACGCGAAAGGAUUGCGGCGCGAAGUGCCGUAGUGCUGAAAAAGAUCCUCUCGUCGCUAGACCCGAGCAAACAGCCCGUUGGCAAAGUACGCCAUACAAUACCGUUCUUCGGGACGGUGGAAUUGGAGUUCAUGAAGCUGCCCAUGCGGUCAGUGUUCGACCUCGACUCUGAUGCGGGCAAGUUGAUGAAUGCCACGGCUACAGGGCAGCAUCUUCCAGUGUUCUCGUUCAUCGAUAACUCUCUAUGGCCUCCGGCUGAUGAUGAAUCGGAGCAAUGGGACAUUGUCCUGUUUGACGGCCUUGAAGACCGCGAUACCCAGGGCAACUGGGUGUUCUAG